GCGAAGCUUCCCGUCAAACUCGUUCUCCACACCACACAGGCACACAGCAGUGGAUGUACGUCCUUCACACUGGGAGGGACAAGUCUAUCUUGAGAGUAAUCAUAAUGGGAGGUGAUCCACAACCACCAUCUUCAAGAGAAUCUCGCUCUAAGCAUAAAGAAACGGGCAAGACGGAGGAGCAAACCAUGGACUUGCUAAAUGAGGAGAUAAUGACGCUGUACGAGUUGCUGGAACGUCAAGGGUUGAACAAGAGUGAGUGGGAGGCAGUGACGCAGCCACUGGUGGAGGCUGUAAAUCGGGCGCAACUCCGCAAGAAGGCAGCUAAACUGGCCAAGUGCGUCGGCUUCCUCCUGGUCUUCCUGCUGGUGCUUUACCUACUGCUUCAGAUACCGUGGGUGCAGAAGCUGGCGACGGUGUUGUUCCGGCACAGCCUCCUCUUGCUGUUGCCUAAAUGGGACUGGUCACGCAUCUACUACUCUGACUGUUUCAUCACCAACCCCUACUAUGUAAGCCGUGCCCUCACAGAAGAUGACUGCAACGUAUGUGAAUCACUGGACAAGGUGGAUCGGCUGACUAAUGUUUCAUCACAUGUGGUGUCUGAAGAUUACCUGAAGAAUGAUAUUCCUUUUAUUGUCACGGAUGCCAUGGACGAUUGGCCAGUCAUGAACACUGAACAGUUCUGGUUUGAUAAUAUUACAGAGAUGUACUUGAGUGAGGAGCUGCGCACCAUCUACCCUUGUGAGCUGACCUCAAACCUUCGGCUUCGUCCUGACGACUUACGAACCUUCCUCAAGAAAAUCCAUAAUCCAGAUAUACAUCGUUGGUAUGGCCAUUGGGAGAACUGCAAUAAGAAGGCUGCAAAAGCCCUGAGACAAAUUUACCGCCGCCCUUACUUCAUCCCACACAUGGUCGACUUAUCAGACUCCAAUUGGGUUAUCAUAUCAUCUGAUUUUAAGGGCAAGGUAUAUAAAGAGAUUGAUUUCCAGACAGAGUUGCUCUGGGUUGGUCAGGUCCGAGGCUGGAGUCGCAUAAGGCUGGUGCCUCGGGAACCUUGUGAUCACUUUUGUCCUGAGCUCCUUGAGACCAUCACUGAGGGACAGAUGAUGUUGGUAACAAAUCUAUUAUGGAAGUUUGAAUACAUCCCAGGAGAACACACGGACAACCUGGCAGUAGCUGUUGGUGGUUUUUGGACCUAAUUUAAUAGUCAGUCGGGCAACAAGGGAUUCACAAGUCAAUCUGUGAAGGCUCCACCGACUUUCUUUAGUGCGCUACUGUAAGGUAAAGAUAUCUUAUUAUUAGGUACAGUCAGUAUACAGGAAAUGCCAUUUUUUAUAAAGAAAAUGGUCCAAUAUAUGUUUUCAUUUAUAAUUUAAACCCAGAAAUGUAAAGAAUACAAAGUUUGUUAAAUAUUAUCUUUUUCAACCUCACUCAUCAGAAAACAAAAAGCAUAGUAUCUUGUUAAUAUUUGAAGCUAGUCAUGUGUUUUAAACAAAUUUUACUAAGAUAGGCUAAGUAAUUUGAGUAGUUCAUGUUGUUGAUAGUCUUAAUUGAAUUGGUAUCUUAGAAAUAUAAAGAUAUGGUCAGUAAAAUAAUUCUCAAGCAGUUUUUUAAAGAAAGGUAUGCAUAUGGUAUUUGUUUAGUACCAAAUUGAAAGUGAGCAACAUCAUAGAGAAUUGUUACCGAUAUGGAAUGUUGCCGUAAGAUAAUUUGUGGAAGUACGAAGUUCUCAAUUAUUAAAUUUAAGUACCAGUCUUGUGCAAAAUUAAUCUUCUAUCACAAAAUGGCUACAUUACUGUAUUAGAAAAAACUUAAGACAUGAAGAUUUAUUAUGCAUUUGAAAUUUGUAUAAUUGUAAUGGUUUUGUCUCAAGAGGUAUUAUAUAAAUUUAUAAAUGGAAUUGCAAAUUUAAA